CGCCGCGCCCCCCGCAGCCCCUCGCCUCGCGCGGCCGAUGUGUGUGGGGCCAGCCCACGGCGAGGACUAUGGUGAAAUUCCCGGCGCUCACGCACUACUGGCCCCUGAUCCGGUUUCUGGUGCCCCUGGGCAUCACCAACAUAGCCAUCGACUUCGGGGAGCAGGCCUUGAACCGAGGCAUCGCUGCCGUCAAGGAGGAUGCAGUGGAGAUGCUGGCCAGCUAUGGGCUGGCGUAUUCCCUGAUGAAGUUCUUCACGGGUCCCAUGAGUGACUUUAAAAAUGUGGGCCUGGUGUUCGUGAACAGCAAGCGGGACAGGACCAAAGCCGUCCUGUGCAUGGUGGUGGCUGGAGCCAUCGCUGCUGUCUUUCACACACUCAUAGCUUAUAGUGACUUAGGCUACUACAUUAUCAAUAAACUGCACCAUGUGGAUGAGUCAGUGGGGAAUAAGACAAGAAGGGCCUUCCUCUAUCUCGCUGCCUUCCCUUUUAUGGAUGCCAUGGCGUGGACCCAUGCUGGCAUUCUCUUAAAACACAAAUACAGCUUCCUGGUGGGAUGUGCCUCAAUCUCAGAUGUCAUAGCUCAGGUUGUUUUCGUAGCCAUUUUGCUCCACAGCCACCUGGAAUGCCGGGAGCCGCUGCUCAUCCCCAUCCUCUCCCUGUACAUGGGCGCACUCGUGCGCUGCACCACCCUGUGCCUGGGCUACUACAGGAACAUCCACGACAUCAUCCCCGACAGGAGCGGACCCGAGCUGGGGGGAGAUGCGACAAUCAGAAAGAUGCUGAGCUUCUGGUGGCCUUUGGCUCUGAUUUUGGCCACGCAGAGAAUCAGUAGGCCGAUUGUCAACCUCUUUGUGUCCCGGGACCUCGGGGGCAGUUCUGCAGCUACGGAGGCUGUGGCAAUUUUGACAGCCACAUACCCUGUGGGCCACAUGCCAUAUGGCUGGUUGACAGAAAUUCGGGCCGUCUAUCCUGCUUUUGACAAGAAUAACCCCAGCAACAAACUGGCGAACACGAGCAACACGGUCACCGCAUCCCACAUCAAGAGGUUCACAUUUGUGUGCAUGGCCUUGUCGCUGACGCUCUGCUUUGUGAUGUUCUGGACCCCCAAUGUCUCCGAGAAGAUUUUGAUAGACAUCAUUGGAGUGGACUUUGCCUUUGCUGAGCUCUGCGUCAUUCCUCUGCGUAUCUUCUCCUUCUUCCCGGUUCCAGUCACUGUCAGGGCCCAUCUCACCGGGUGGCUGAUGACCCUGAAGAAGACCUUUGUCCUGGCGCCCAGCUCCGUGCUGCGGAUCAUCGUGCUCAUCACCAGCCUCGUGGUCCUGCCCUACCUGGGGGUACACGGAGCCACCCUGGGCGUGGGCUCCCUGCUCGCAGGCUUCGUGGGAGAGUCCACCAUGGUCGCCAUCGCAGCAUGCUAUGUCUACCGGAAACAGAAAAAGAAGAUGGAGAAUGAGUCCGCCACAGAGGGAGAAGACUCCGCAAUGACGGACAUGCCUCCCGCUGAGGAGGUGACAGACGUCGUGGAAAUGAGAGAGGAGCGAGAAUGAAGCACGGGACACCGAGGGGCACUGCAGGGACCGCUGGACGACACUUCGCAUCAUCUCCUCCCUCUCCCACUGUGUUCCCCCCCCUCCCCCCCCCUCCCCUCCCAACGAGAGGCCUUGAUUUAAAGGUUUCGUGUAAAUCCUCUAGCAUACUGGGUAUGCUCACACUGAUGUGGGGACCUAAGCAAGGGUCUUUACUGUCGCUUUGUAAACACAAAACCAUUGACUUUGUGCCCCUGCUUCAUAAAAACCCGAAAGACAUAGCUGCCUCAUAGUCGAAGGCUCUACUCCUCCCCGAACAAUCUCCACUUGGAACCAAAGGACUGCAGCUGCGCCACCGCCUGGCAGGCCUCUCUGCCCAGCCGGCCACAGACUCUGUCCCUUUGUCUGUUUUGAAUCAGCAGGUAAAAGCACGGCCCCCCUGACUUGCUUCUAGGCACCAUGGAUGCACAGGGAUGUGCCCCGGCAGCCACUGCAGUUCCCCUCCACCGCGGACUCGUCAACUGUCUGCCACACGCAGAAGGUGGCCACGUCCUGCAGCUGGAGUCGCCUUUCAUACCGAACAACAGACCCGUGACCACGCCAGGCUGAUGUAUGGAAAUAAUCUCCUGUAGGAAGCUGUAUGAUGCCCCCAGAGUAGCAGACGGGCAGGUCAAGAAGAGCAGCACCUCACUUCGUGUGUUCCAGUUUGAGCGAGCUGUCACACCCCACCGUGUAUAUACAUGAGCUAAUUUUUCGAAGUUGUCCCACAGGCGCACCUCCAAAUGCCAGCAUCCCUCCGUGCCAGCAUCCCUCCGCAUGACUUUCCCCGAAGGCUUGCUUUUCACGCACCUUUCCUGAAGGUGGCGCUAGAGCGAGUUAAACGGCGCGUUCUAACUUUCCACUUAGUUUUACCGUGAACUGAAGCUUUAAGUCAUAAUCUAGCAUUCUAAUGCCAGAUUGCUCUCUCCUAACCUUUGAAGUAGAUGUAUUACCUGGUUCUGCCGUUCCUAGUCACGACUGUGCGGUACAGGUAAUUCAGAGUGUACUACGGUACUUCUCACGCACACACACCAUAAAGCAAGACAUUUUAUAAACAAUUAUCAAAGUCACUAUGUGAUAUUCCCUGAAAUAAUGCAUUGGAAGUCCAUUUAGUGCAGUAUAUUUUUCUAAGUUUUUGAAAGCGGGUUUUUUCCUUUAAAAAAUUAUGGACACAAGUCACUAAAUUCUUGAUUUAGUCAAAAUAACGAGACUGAAAGAACCUAAACAAAAAAAAAUAUUUUAAAGAUAUAAAUAUAUGCUGUAUAUGUUAUGUAAUUUAUUUUAGGCUAUAAUACAUUUCCUAUUUUCGCAUUUUCAAUAAAAUGUCUCUAAUACAAUAUGGUGAUUGCCUGCGUGCUAGCAUACCUAUAGUAGAAUUGUAUCAGUGGCCAUUAUAUCGUAUUUGUGGCAGUUUUGUUUUUUUUUUUACAAAGUCCCUCAUUUGUACCUGAAUGUAAGGGUUGGUAAAUGACAAGAGAACUAUUUUCCAGGAUGGGUAACUGGAAAUAAAUGGGUUCACUGGUGUAGACAAAAGUGGGUAUGAGGAUAAGCCAGAAGAGCAAAGGAGAUAAAGAAAAAGGCCUUGCGUGUCUGUUGUCUUCAUUGCUAUGUAAACAUCCUGUUUCUCAGAGAAACAAGACUGUAAGGGCAGAAAGUUGGCUGUGGACAUCACAGGGUUUCAUUCACAUCUCUGGAUACCCAGUGCCCCUCAGAUGUGCCUACAACUUGGACAAGUCCCUACAAGCUUCCUCCAAGGGGCUUCUCCAUUUAUAUACGAGUGCUGAACAUUAAGAUGUGUAGCUGCUCUGGGGUGGUUCAGGGGCAGAGCUGAAAAGAUGAUUAAAAAAAAAAAAAUCUAAUUGUAUUGGCUUUUUUAAAGUACCUGACUAGAAAAUUAAACAGCAGUAUUUUUUAACAUGUGUGACUUUCAUGCUUCUGGGGUCAGAACUUAAAGAUCAAAUUGAAAAAGCAAAUCCUUCACAGCAGCCCAGGAAAGAUCAGCCAGUGCCUCUUCGCUAUGCAAUUAGAAGGUAUAAUUAUCACAGUGAUAAAGAUGAAUGUGCCAUCACAUUGUGUGAAGUUUCUGUGAGCCAGGAAGCAGGGCAGUGGUCCUUCCCCUGGGCUGCGGCCAGACCCAACAAGUAGCUGAACUAAGGCAGAACUCCGCGAGGGCAUCUUCUGUUCUUACCAAGAACUCCAUCAUCAGACACGGUGGGACAGAGGGGUCUCCCCACUUUUCAGAAUCAUUAGAAACAAUCUUUCAACUUUGCCAAACCAAUAAAUGUUCCCGUGACACGUUUA